AUGAGGACCUAGCUAACCAGAAAUUCCACUUAUUAGCAAGACGAGCCCAAAUCUUUGGAGGGCCCGCCAAAGCUAAAUAACUAGAGUGACUUAACCAAUGAGCAGUUCGAUUCCCCAACUAGAGUAACUCAACUAAAUAGCGGCACUUAAUCCUCUCUUAUAUCACCAGAUAAACCAAUCAUAUUGAAUGGAGUGGAAAUUGAUAAAAAGGCAGUAGAGACGGUAGAAUCACAGUAGAGUCAAGCAUAAUAACUUAGUCAAACCAAUACUGUGGAUGAGAGUAUCAAAUGUUUAGGAAAGAGAAAGGCUCCUGAGAUCCUUAUUGACAAUUACGAGAAAUAUGAUGCAAACCCCGCUUUGCACAAAAACGUAAUCUCACCAUCAGCUGCCCUGGCUAGUCGAAUCGCCUAACCCCUCUCCAUGAUAACUAUGCCUUAUCAUCCUAUCAUUUUGACCAAUGAUGCUAGACUUGACUAAUUACAGUUGUAACAGUAAUUAGUAUAAAAUGACAGAAUUUUAAGGCCCUAAUUGACACCUUUGAAUAUUCAUUAGGAACUCAGUCUAUUAAACAAACCUCUAAAUAAUAUCUCAGGCAUAAUGAGAUAUGAUCCCGCAUUUAAACCAUAAAUAGGAGAGAUGGCAGGUCAAAAAGAGUUAAACUUGAAACUACAACCUUUGAACUAAAGGUUUGUACUAGACAAUAGCAACUUACAGUAGCAGCUCUAAUAACUAGACAGUUUAAAAUAGUAAUAGUAGGAGUAGGGUUCUAGUACUAGCAGUUUGCCUAAACUUGAGUAUAAUGAGAACAUAGAUUACUUCUAACUUUACUCCCAUAUUUUCAAGUCAAACUAGCAUCUACUUAAGUAAUUUUAGUAACAUAUGCAGAGCCGCAAUGAAAUUCUGAUAAGGGUUUGUUCAGAAAAAUUCAAGCAAGAAUCUCAAACUUCUAAGUUGGAUGGCUCAUCGAUUCAAAUGCUAAACUAGAAAUCAUAAUAGUCUGCAGAUAGCUCUUAAAUUAGUCUGAGGUCAGAGGAAUCUGAUAUCUAGAAUAUGACUCAGACAAAUGAAGAGUAGAAACAGUUGAAAGAAGAUAACUCUUUAGACUCUAAUAAGAAAUUAUUGGCAAAACCUACCAAAUAAUCUAUUCAACAAUAAUAAUAACAACAACCUAUUUAUUAUACUUAACCACAAGGUCUGUAACCUAGUGGUAUAAGAUAAGGGAUAAGUGCAGGAGGAAGUUCGAGAGACCUCUACAGUAAGUAGUAGUAACAGUCAGUACUUCAAACUUAGCCUUUGCUUGGCAACAAACAGUAGUCUACUAACAACAUGAGUAAUAACUUUAGUGUAUAGUCUUAGAGCGCUGAAUUCGAAAGGUACCAAAGCGGAAGAAAGAAGCACUUCAGAAGGUGUGCGAAUGAAAUCGACAAGAGUUACAUCUGCCCCUAUAAUGGCUGUGACAAGUAUUAUGGGUCAGAGGGUUCUCUGAACUUGCAUAUGAAACUAAAGCAUAACGCAGGUAGUAAGACAGAGAGAGAAAAGGUGGCAAAGCAAUUAGCCUGGGCUCUGCAGAAUGGCCUUUAAGGUGCUUAGCUUCUAGAGUUGGAAGGGUUGUAGAACAUCAAUCUUCCACCUGGCAGUAUUGAGAGAGCUGCCUAAAAUCUAGGUAUUGAUCUCCAAAGCAUUCCAUUAACUCAGCAGUCAAUUGCCUAACAGCAACUGAUCAAGCAAAAAUUAGAGGCUUUCGUGGCAGGAAGUGGCAAGCUCAAGAACCCUUAAAACGACAAUGACCUUCUGCUAGCUGAUAUUCAAACCAAGAAUAUGAGAUCUAUGGGCUUACCAUCACCAGCCAAUGCUUUGUAAACCAUCAAGAUACCCUAGCCUCAAGCCAACCUUGACAUGAAAACUACUGACAAGUAAGAUUUUCUUACUACCAACACUAUUCACUCUUAAAAAGACUAGUAGACCCUUUUGGGUAAAAUUAGAAAAAUGGAUAGCAGUAGCAACUUGAUAACAGUCAAGCCAUCCAUUAAAGUCAGCAUAACUUAGUAGCAACUGCCAACUCACAAUAGCAAAUGA